AUGCAUCAGCGUUCGUCGGAAUAUCACAAAUACGAUGCCAUGCUUUGUUAUUUAGUCGACACAAUGCAUGGCGAAGACGAGGAUAUUAGCUUUAAGGAUCCGAAUCUGUCUGGUCACUGCCUUGACUAUAUUUCUAUCUUCUCGGCCACGACCAAGUCCAUAGAGACGAAAGAUCUUCAUCUCCGACGAAUCCGCCUAUGGUGGAAGCAGGCUAAUAUGUUGAGACUCAGCUUUAUUUCCGACAUGAGUGAGUAUAGGCACGCAUUAUCAUAUCACAGCAUUCAACAUAUUCCUCAGGAAGAGAGACAGCAGUAUGCGAUGGCCUGCUAUGCAGACGUUGUAUACCAGAUCGGCGUUCGGGCUUUUCCUUUGACAGAGAGCCCCGAAGAAAAGACCGUUUCUCAAGGGAGAUUUAUUGUGCUGUCAUGGCUCGUGCCCUAG